AUGGAUUGUCUGUCAGACGAUGCUUCCAUGCCUUUUGGGAUAUUAUUGUAUUGUGGAACAGUGUGUAUUAUUGUAUUACCCUAUAGUAUUGUUAAAGAGUUCACGGGAACUUUUCACGGAAACGAACCGCAAAUUGAAAUAUUUUUAAAAGAAUGGCUUACUAAAGUCCAAAGAGCUUUAGAUAAUCCAUUGUAUGACGGACAGAAGGGUAAAGUGUUAUCAUUAUUGUUGGAAGGCUAUGCUAAAACUAACUGGGAAAUUAUGCCCGAUGCACUUAAAUUGGACUAUGACGCAAUUAUUCAGAUGUUAAAACAAACAUUUAUUGGACCGUUACAUAAACAUACAAAAGGUAUUCUGUUUAAUGAAGCACAUAUGGAGUCUGAUGAAACGUAUGGAGGAUAUGCGGCUAGAUUAAGAAUUUUAGCCCGAGAACAUUAUGAGUUCGAACCGCAAGUGAUAGAAACAGUUGUGAUAGAUCGAUUUAUGAAUACUAUUCCGGAAAAAGUAAAACGAUAUAUCUAUGAACAUUCUCAACAUAAUGACACUAUUUUGAAAUCUUUAAAAAAGAUAAUACAUAUUGCUAAAACUAAACGUAAAUUAGAUGAAAUGGAAUCAGUUUCACAUGCUGCCGCAGCUUCCAAUAUAGCGAGAGCUGAAGAUACCCGUCAAUAUACUGAUAGGCCUCCUGAGCCUGAUUUUAGAAGAAAAUCGCCAGACGAACAAUGGUAUAGAAACCGUGCUAGGUCCAGGCAAAACACCAGCUAUGACUCUGAUGAACAACAGUCUCGGAAUACAUACAGGCGAGAUAGACGUGAUGACCGUUACCAACGAAGACGUAUACGAGGUGAUGACAACUAUAAUCACAGAACUGAAGAUCGAACAUCGAGAAGAGAUGACAGACAAGAUAGACGCCGUACUGACUUCAGGAGUAGCCCUCAGGAUAACUUUCAGAAUAGAUAUCAAUCAGAACAACGCCAAUUCCGCGAAGAUUUCUCCAGAAACAGACAAUCACCAAGACGUCAACGCUAUUCACCGAGAUUUAAUCGUCGAGACCCCCCAUCAUACCGGAGAGUUUGUUUUAGAGACGACGUUUGUUUUAAUUGUCAAGGAUUUGGUCAUUUUGCGAACCAAUGUCCUACUCCGUCAAACCAGUCAUUUCCUGUGAACAGUGGCCGUAACAAUAUUCCCCUACAUCCACCAGUCAUUCCUUUCAGAUCGGAUCCAAUACGUGUAGCAAUUAAACUUGGAAGUCAACGGAUACAAUCAUUUCUAGAUGGUUGA